ACACAAACCGACUUGAGCCGACCACAAAUUCACAAGGACGCAAUUUUCCACAAUUACCAGAUGUGGAUACUCUAAUCAAACGUUGUAAAUGUUGAUAACAAUCUGAAAAUUGAUCACAAUUCCUAGUAGGCCUGCUAAACCUCCAAGUUAAGGUCAUUAACUUGCUCCGACGUCAAUUGACACCGUAAGCAGGACGUGAAGGUCCUCCAGGCGACUCCUGUGUACCAGUAAACGUGGAGGGGAAAGUGAAACCAGCUCACCCCUUGGCCUAAACUCGUAAAACACGCUCGUAAAAAAGUCAGCCGCUUUUGUGAUUUAUGCCGCCACAGUAAACAUAUACCCACAAGUGAUACCGGGCACUUCGUCAAGUGAUUGGAUUCCGUGUACCAGAGUGUCAGUUUCGUAAACAGUGAUUUGUUAAGAGCAAGUGUUUUCAAAAUGGCUGCGGCAAACGAGGGAUCCCAACGUCUUAGGUGGCUGUCGGUCUUAGUGUGUCUGGUGGCUCUGUCCGCGCAUGCGUGCCAUGCCACGGCCAUACCUCUGUCGGGGAUGUACGGAGUGCUCGUGACACCGGGCUACCCCGCCCCCUACGAGGACGAUCGGGACCUGCAGUGGCUGAUCACUGUACCAGAAGGCUUCAGGGUCCGGCUGUACAUCAGUGACUUCGACCUGGAGCCGGGGACAAUGAAUUGUGAUCACGAUUACCUCAUGGUUCUGUCCGGCAACGACACCCUUGGCAAGUUUUGCGGCCGCGCCGGCACACGUGACGCCCCUGGCGACCGCUCCCUAACGUCACAAUCUCGCGAGAUGGAAGUCCGGUUCCACGCGGACUACUCCAACGUGCACCGCCGCACGGGAUUCCGUGCGCAUUAUGUGGCCGAAGACAUUGAUGAGUGUGAGGAGAGGGACAUAUGCAACCAUUUCUGUCAUAACUACCUGGGCGGCUACUACUGCUCCUGCGAGUUCGGCUACUCUCUCCACGAGGAUAAUACAUCGUGUGAAGUGCACUGUUCAGGAAACAUCUUGGAGGCUACAUCUGGGGUGAUCACCUCACCCGGGUACCCGAUCGCCUACCCGCGCCGCUCCGACUGUGAUUGGCUCAUUCGAGCCGAGGCCGGCUACGUCAUCAGUUUGACCUUCGAGGAUUUCGACGUGGAAGAUCACCCGGAUGUCAAAUGCCCGUAUGACGCCUUGAGCAUCAAGCAGGAUGACGAGCGCCUGGGCCCUUUCUGCGGCCGGCAGAAGGCCGAUUGGCCGGAAGAGGUCAAAGCAGAUAAACGGAUCGAGAUUUCUUUCGUGUCGGACGCGUCUGGGGCCAACCGAGGCUUCCGUGCGCGGUACAGCACCGCUGGUAAACCGUGCGUGGCGUUGGAUGUACCUGCCAAUGGUGUCGUGUCUGUGUCCAAUACCACGAUGGGACACAACGCCACGUUCAGCUGCGAGAGAGGCUUCAGACUGGUGGGGCCCGCUCAACGAACGUGCCUCGCGUCUGGGCAAUGGUCGGAUAGCAACCCCGUAUGCGAAGUGGUCACGUGUGAGAGCCUGGUGGAUAUUAACAACGGUCAGGUGACUGUGGAUGACGAAACGCUGGAAUGGGGCACAGAAGCGGUCUACUACUGCGACCCCCUGUACGAGCUGCGCGGCUCCGAUACCCGUGUGUGUCAGGUGGACGGAGAGUGGUCCGGCGAGGAACCAUCAUGUGUUGCAAUCUGUGGAGAGAGCAGAACCCCGCCUAGGAAUCCUCCCCGUAGACGUAUCGUGGGCGGCAGGGAGGCGAGGAAAAACUCCUGGCCCUGGGCCGCCCGGAUUUCGAUCCGCGCUCCCAACUUCGGCAUCGACGGCAUUCAGUGUGGUGGCUCACUGAUCUCCGAGACCUGGGUGCUGACCGCGGCCCACUGCGUUACCGCGAGGAGAACCGCCAUCUUCGGCCGGGUCGUGCCGGCUGACUCAGUCUCCGUCACGCUCGGUAUCCACGAAAUCAGUGAUACAAAAGGAGAAGUUAGAGAGGUGUCUGAGAUAGUGAGGGCGCCCUCUUACGAUGCAGCCUCUUUCGAUGCUGACGUAGCCUUGCUUCGUCUUGCUCAGCCUGUUGCGCUAACUAACCGCAUUAGCCCUAUCUGCGUCCCGGAUGCUGACACUUUCCGGGUCGGGAGUGACUACUCCCUUUACGAAGAUGAAGAAUUCCUCGAAGAAGCCGUAGCCAUUGGAUGGGGCGAAACCGAGCCAGGUUCUACGUCAGAUUUCUUGAAAGAGGUGUAUCUCCCCGUGAUUGACCAGUCGACUUGUGUGGAAUCGUUUGAGGGUAGGGCCCAGGAGGGAUACGUGAUCACAGAUAACAUGGUGUGCGCUGGAGCAUCUGAAGGUGGACGGGAUACUUGUUUUGGUGAUAGCGGUGGCCCACUGAUGUUGAAGGACCGAGUUCUGGAAAGAUACCAUGCCUUUGGCCUGAUUUCUUGGGGCGAGGAUAGAUGCGCUCAGGAGGGAGACUACGGGGUGUACGCCAAAGUUGGGAACUUUGGCACUUGGAUACGCCAGAUCACUCAAAUGUAAAAAGAAGACAAGAUCAUGGCCGGCACGAAGUCUUGUACAAGACGGCCUUUACUGCCUUUCAUGGAUGCACCUUCAAAAGAAUGAAGGUAUAUAAUCGAUAUUCUUUACAUGCUAUAUAGACAAAAACCAAGUUUGAUAGAGCAAAGAUGUAUCACGUGUACAUAGCGGCAGGAGACGAGACUAUUAUAAUGCAUCGUUGGCCAUUUCCCAAAACUCGGCUUCAUUCACGACUAGCUACACAAUGAUAGUUGGGGGAGUUGAUUCAAAUAAACACACAUUUUUGGGAUAUAUGAUUCGAAUUACAAAACCGGACCCAAUACGAAGUACAUGUGCGUGUAUUCUGUGUUAGGGAGCUAUGAAAAAUGGAGUGCAAAGCCUUGGCCGGAUAUGACUCCAAGUUUUGGAAAAAUAUCUUUAAGACAAUAUUUUAUAUUCAGUAAUCAUCAAUAGAGUCAGCAUUAGCGUCGCUUAUUGGUCAAAAAUCGACACAGCGCGUUGUUGAACCGAUUGCGUUGAAACACCGUACGGAGCGACAAUAGGGUUACAACUAAAAUAGCAUUUUCUUUGUGAAAGCAUUUCCCUGAAAUUAAGUAUCGGGUUGAGAACUUGGGAAAACAUCUUGAGUUACACAUCGUCAUGGAUGGGUUCAUUAGUUAUACAGUAUCUACAUGAAUUCUCCAAGUCUUUUCGGUCCAGUUACAUUUACCAGUGUAUACAGUACUGAAGUAAUGGCACUGACAAUCUGAUAGUUAUUGUCAUACAAAAUUCUUGUUUCACUUUUCUCAAAACUUAGAAUUUUAACACAGAUGUACUAUUAUUAAGGUUAAAUGUACAAAAACCUGGUCAAAAAACCCCAACAUUGACAAUUAAGAGAUACGAGCGAAAACGAUUAUCAAAAUUCUUCCAGUAGUGAUCAGCAAAUCCUUCAAAUUAGAUAUUGAAUUAAUUUAGAUGAAAGAUUUUUAUUUCAUGUUGAUCUUUUCAGUGCAUGGAAAAUACUGAUUUGCCUGUAUUCCAAUUCUACCAAAUACUCAGCUUAAAGAUAAUAUUCCAUAAUAUCACUAAACUACUACUUUUGCCUAAAAAGAAUUACCUUAUAGGCCAUCAGCCUGGGGGUUUGGUCAGUAUCAAAUCAGGGCAUAAAUGAUUAUAGUGCGCAUGCGCAAGGUAUACAUCCUCUGGAGUGGUAACAAGCAUUUUGAUGGACA